UAGCCCAAACUCGAGCAUUUUGGAAUGGAUGAUAACCAUUGCAGAUUUCAAUAAAACCGGGCUGUGGUGGUAGUGGCCUGGCCUCCAACCCUAAACGCAGGAAAUCUCGAAAAGCCGUGAAAGUGAGAAUUGAGGAAUGACGAAGUAUUCAUGCGAUACUGCAUCUGAAACCUUGGAAUGGAUUAAAGCCAUUGCAGAUUUCAUUAAGCCUUUCUCUUUCUUAAUCAAUGCUUACGUUGUCAAUUUCUUCAAGGAUAGGCUAUGGGAAGCUGUUGACGAAGACUGGCUUCAAUGUCUUACUAACGAACCUGUUGAAAAUCUUCUUCUUAUUCCUUCUGGAGUUUUCCAAGAUCAUUGGCCUGCUUCGCUUAAGGAGUUCGUUCUUACUUUGAAAUCUCUUGUUUAUCCUCGAGAACAAGCUGACUUGAAAAAGGUUAGUAUUUCCCACUGGCGUACAACAGCACUGAAUAGUGUUCUUGCUCAAGGGAUGAAUUUAAAGAAGAAACAUGAGGUGGAAGUUUUAUCUGCUAUUGUUGGUUCUGUUGCAAGUUCUGUGAGAGCUGAUGCAGUAAUAGAUGUUGGUGCUGGUCAGGGUUAUCUUGCACAAGUCCUUGCCUUCGAGUACCAGCAUUCUGUUGUUGCGAUAGAUGCGUGUUCCCAUCAUGGAAAGGUUACGAAUGCUCGUGCAGAGCGAAUUAAGAAGCAUUACAUGGCUCAGAUGCGGAAACUUGGAUCAGGAAAAAAGAGAUUAAACGUGCCCCAAACAAUUACAUGCAACAUAAUGUCUCUGGAAACAUUGAAAUCCUUGACCACCUUGUCGCAGCAUGAAGCUGAUGUUGAGCAGCCAAAAUCGAUUGAGCAAGAUCUUGAACUUGGUUCGGCAGGCAAUGGGAGUUCCUUAGUUCUGGCUGGCCUUCAUGCUUGCGGAGAUCUCUCAGUAACAAUGCUCAAGACUCUUUUAGAGUGUGAAGAAGUUAGGGCAGUUAUUAGCAUUGGCUGUUGUUACAACUUACUAUCUGAAGAAGGGUUUGAAAAUGCUCACAUUCAAUAUGGUUAUCCAAUGAGUUGCGGUGUAAGAAGUGCUAGCUUGUCUCUUGGAAAAAGUUCUCGUGAUCUUGCUUGUCAGAGUGCUGAAAGAUGGAAAAGUUUAGGAAAGGAUGCUGGUCUCCUCAAUUUUGAGCUACAUGCUUUCCGCGCUGCUUUUCAAAUGGUUUUGCAUAAAUAUUUCCCUGAAGUUGGAACAAGUCCUUCAAUUGGGCGCCAAGGGAAGGCAUUGCGCCGUAAGCAGCAACGGAAUAUAAUUGAGUCUGAACUGCGUGCUGAAGAAAGUACUUCUGAUUUGCCUCAGAGGGCUUGUAAUAUGGACAAGGCUUGCUCUAUCAUACAGAGCAGAGAAUCCGAAGCAGCUGACCCUUCAGGUGUAAGGUUGGAUAUGGAUGCCUUAUUCAAUAAAAUGUCCUUGCAUGCUGGUAGUAGAUGUGAAGGGACUCUGUCUUCCGAUAAGUAUUCGCUUUUUGAGAAAUUUUGCGAGUCUGGAUUAUGUCGUCUUGGGCUUAAACCAUCGAAUGAUAUAAAUUUCCAUGACAUUUGGAAGGAAGUUGAACCCUAUGUUAACCUUAUUGGAGUAUACUGGUCACUUCGUGCUGCUUUCGGGCCUCUCUUGGAAACUCUUAUUCUUCUGGAUAGAUUAUUGUUCCUUCAGGAGCAAGGUGGUAAGCUGGAAGCAGUAAUGUUACCCAUUUUUGAUCCAGCAAUAUCCCCGAGGAAUGUCGCCAUUAUCGCCAAAAAGCUCGAUGCAGGUUUGGUAUCUUGUCAUGGCUCAAGAUAAAGGUUAUAUUUUGCCUUUUCUUCGUAUUUCCACCAACUGGUUGAGUUUAGACUUCAUUUAAAG